AUGGGUCAUCGUCGGUGGCUUCUUUCUAAUCAUGAAUUCAGACGUCAAGCGAAAGCCUUUGACAACACAAUAGAGCAUGACCAAGCUCUAAAAUCGUUGAACGGUGACAAGAUUUUACAACUAGUUGAGUCUAUUGAACAUGAAUGGGGAAAGAGCAAGACUAAAAAACGCAAAAGGAUCGACAAUGAUGAACGUGUUUGGUGGAAGAAAAAAUCCAUAUUCUAUAAUUUAGAUUAUUGGAAGUACUUGCUAGUGCGACAUCAAUUAGAUGUUAUGCGCAUCGAAAAAAAUGUUUGUGAGAGCAUAUAUGGAACACUGUUGCACAUUCUUGGAAAGACUAAAGAUGGUCUUAAGUCAAGGAAGGAUCUUGUGAGUAUCAAGGUUCCUUAUGGGUAUUCGUCAAACAUCAAGAAUCUUGUGUCAAUGAAAGACUUUAAACUUCAAGGCCUAAAGUCCCAUGAUUGUCAUGUUCUUAUGCAACAACUUUUACUCAUUGCACUUCGGUGUGUUUUGUCAAAGCAUGUCAAAGAUGCUAUUAUCAGGUUUUGUUUCUUCUUCAAUUCCUUGUGUGCAACUGUGGUUGAUGUGUCAGUAUUGGAUAAAUUGGAGACGGACAUCGUAGUGACUUUGUGCUUGUUGAAAAAAUGUUUUCCCCCAUCUUUUUUCGACAUUAUGGUUCAUCUUACUGUGCACUUAGUCAACAAAGUUAGACUUUGUGGUCCUGUCUAUCUUCGUUGGAUGUAUCCUUUUGAGAGAUACACGAAAACCCUUAAAGGUUAUGUUCGGAAUCGUAACUGUCCUGAGGGAUGCAUAGCUGAGAGAUAUAUUGCAGAGGAAGCAGUAGAAUUUUACGUCGAAUACAUGUCAAACAUGUAUACUGUUGGGUUGUCAGCUGGUCAUGUGCAAAAGUUAUCAAUUGACAAGCAAUUGUCGGAUACCUUACGUUGGAUAUUACAAGACCCUCUGCCUUUCGUAGAUAAACAACCAAGUUAUGAUAUUAAUGGUUUUCACUUUGUAACACAUGAUCUAGAGUCAAACCGAGUUACUCAAAAUAGUGGAGUAACUCUAGUUGCGAAAGCCAUGCAUGUUGCUACUUCUAAAGAUAAAAAUCCUAUAACAUGUGACACGACAUUUUAUGGGGUUAUAGAUGAGAUAUGGGUUGUUGAUUACCACUUGUUAAAAAUUCCUGUGUUGAAGUGUGAUUGGGUUCAAAAUAGGGGUGGUGUGUUGAAGGAUGAACAUGGAUCCAUCUUAGUGGACUUAAACCGGAGGGUGUAG